UCUGCCCUUAAACUUAUCCUGUUCCUCUCUCUCUCUCCUUCUCUCUCUUAACUUAUCAGUUUCUCUCUCUUUAUCCUCUAUCCAUAACUGUUAACACAGUGGCAAGUUCCACCUCUUCGUCUUCAUCUCCAUCUCCUCCUCUUCCACCAAACGCACCGUUUUGUCUUCUCCUCCGGCUCCGUUUACGACACCGUCGUCUCUCCGAUUGAUGACUACAACCCCAAUUUGGAAGCUCAAACGCAGAAGAAGACGCAGCGGAGAAGGCUAAAAAUUCCAUCACGCCUCUCUACCAACCGAACCGGAGACCCGAAAUUGGCUUUGUUAAUGGACGUUUUGGUGGGAUCCACCUCGGCGGCGACGGCUUCCUGUCUGUUUCUCAACCAAAACGGCGUCGUAGGAGGAGGGGGAAAAUCGGGGAUCGGAGCUUGCGGCGGCGGAGGAGGAGGAGGAGGGCCGCAGAAGGCUCGAUCGGAGCAGGCGGAGUCGUUUUCGAGCAGUUCUUCGUCCUCCAUCGGGGCUCCGGAUGACAGUGACGAAGAAAAUGCAUCCAAGCAAGGAUCCGGUGACGUCACUGACAGCGAGGAGGUUCAGAGCAAGUUUAACGGCCGCAGAGGAGGAUUGACUUCUCUGGGAUCAAUGGGUUCUCUAGAAGAUUCUCUUCCCAUCAAGAGGGGAUUAUCGAACUACUUCUCAGGAAAAUCGAAAUCGUUUGCGAGUUUAUCAGAUGUUGUGACCACCGCCACGACGGUGAAGGAGGUGGAGAAGAGGGAGAACCCAUUCAACAAGAGGAGAAGGGUUUUGAUCGCCUCAAAGUGGUCCAGAAAGUCGUCGUCGUCUUUUUACAACCACCCAAACCCAAAAUCCAUGCCAUUACUAGCCUCCUUAAAUGAAGAUGAAGAAGAACAAGAACCAGAAGAAACACAAGAAGACCCAUCAUCAGGCCAAUCUUCAUCAGAUGAGAAAGAACCACACAUGGUCAGAACCCCAAAAUUGCUUGACAGGGGAUUGAAGAGCUUCAAGUCCAGGAGUUGCUAUUGUCUCUCAGAUCUGCAAGAACAUGAACAAUAAGAAACCACACCACCCACUUUGGCAUGGGGCAGAUCCCUUUUUUUUUUUUUUUUUUUUUUUAAAUUUUCUCUGGUUGGUGGCAGGGUUUGUGUAAUUGGAAGCCCACUAUUAAAAAGAACAAAAUUAUAAAAUGUGUAUUUUUAGUAAUACGAUUCCCUUUGUUUUUUGUUUGGAGUUAUUA